AUGACUCGCUUCGGGUUCCUCUCUCUGGCUCUGCUCUCCCUUCAGGCCUUUGUCGGCACCGGCUAUGCAGCUGAUACCGAGAAGGUUGCUGAGGCUGAGGCUCCUACUCUUGCUGUCUCAGCGGAAGCCUCUUUCCCUGCCUCUGAGAUCUUUGGUGUGAAACUCGUCAAUGGUCACCCAACCCAGGCGCUGAUCGCUUUCACCAACGAUGAGCCCAAUCCCGUCACUGUCAACUUUGUUGGAGGCAGCCUGUGGAGUCUGGAUGAACAAAGCAAGAAUGUGCGCAAUUUGACUGCCACUCGUUACGCGGUGGAGAUCCCCGCAAAGUCCAAGGAGAGCCUAAGCUACAGUUUCGCAACGGAGAUGCACCCGGUGGAUCUCCGCCUCAACAUCGCGGCCAUCAUGUCCGAUAGUGAGGGCCACUUCUUCACUCUCCAGGCCUUCAAUGGCACUGUGAGUGUGGUGGAGCCCGAAACCAGCAUCUUUGAUCCCCAAAUCAUCUUCCUUUACUUCUUCCUCUUGGCCUGCUUCGUUGGCGUUGUCUACUUCUUCUAUACCGUUUGGGUUGCGCCUUACUUCCCCCAGAAGCGCAAGGCAGGCAAGUCCAGCGAGAAGAAGGUCUCUGCUAAGCGCGAAAUCGUGGAGGAGACCCCCAGCCCUGCCGUUGCCUCGGCCACCACAUAUAACGCCGACUGGAUUCCCGCUCACCACAUCAACCGUCCCGAAGCCAGGAAGGUGAAGGGUGGCAAGUCUAAGGCUCGCGCCUAA